AUGGACUUGGUCGUGGACUUGGACGUGGACGUGGACGUGGUCGUGGACGUUGACCUGGACUUGGACGUGGACGUGGUCGUGGACGUGGACGUGGAUGUGAUCGUGGACGUGGACUUGGACGUGGACGUGGAAGUGGACUUGGACAUGGACGUGGAUGUGGAUGUGGACGUGGACGUGGACGUGGUCGUGGACGUGGACGUGGACCGGGACGUGGUCGUGGACGUGGACGUGGACGUGGACGUGGACGUGGUUGUUGACGUGGACGUGGUCGUGGACGUGGACGUGGUCGUGGACGUGGACGUGGUCGUGGACGUGGACGUGGACGUGGUCGUGGACGUGGACGUGGACGUGGACGUGGACUUGGACGUGGACGUGGACGUGGACGUGGACGUGGUCGUGGACGUGGACGUGGUCGUGGACGUGGACGUGGAUGUGGACGUGGUCGUGGACGUGGUCGUGGACGUGGACGUGGUCGUGGACGUGGUCGUGGACGUGGACGUGGACGUGGACGUGGUCGUGGACGUGGACGUGGUCGUGGACGUGGACGUGGUCGUGGACGUGGUCGUGGACGUGGACGUGGACGUGGACUUGGACGUGGACGUGGACGUGGACGUGGAUGUGGUCGUGGACGUGGACGUGGACGUGGACGUGGACGUGGACGUGGUCGUGGACGUGGACGUGGACGUGGUCGUGGACGUGGACGUGGACUUGGUCGUGGACGUGGACGUGGACUUGGACUUGGUCGUGGACUUGGACGUGGACGUGGACGUGGACGUGGACGUGGACUUGGACGUGGACGUGGACGUGGACGUGGACGUGGUCGUGGACAUGGACGUGGACGUGGACGUGGACGUGGUCGUGGACGUGGACGUGGUCGUGGACGUGGACGUGGACGUGGACGUGGACGUGGUCGACCUGGACGUGAACGUGGACCUGGACGUGGACGUGGUCGUGGACGUGGACGUGGACAUGGGCGUGGACGUGGACGUGGACUUGGACGUGGACGUGGAUGUGGAGGACUUGGACGUGGACGUGGACGUGGUCGUGGACGUGGACGUGGACGUGGUCGUGGACGUGGACGUGGACUUGGACGUGGACUUGGACGUGGACGUGGACGUGGGCGUGGUCGUGGACGUGGACGUGGACUUGGACGUGGACGUGGACAUGGACUUGGUCGUGGACUUGGACGUGGAUGUGGACGUGGACGUGGACGUGGUCGUGGACGUUGACGUGGACUUGGACGUGGACGUGGUCGUGGACGUGGACGUGGAUGUGAUCGUGGACGUGGACUUGGUCGUGGACGUGGAAGUGGACUUGGACGUGGACGUGGAUGUGGACGUGGACGUGGACGUGGUCGUGGACGUGGACGUGGACGUGGACGUGGUCGUGGACGUGGACGUGGACGUGGUCGUGGACGUGGACGUGGUCGUGGACGUGGACGUGGUCGUGGACGUGGUCGUGGACGUGGACGUGGACGUGGACGUGGUCGUGGACGUGGACGUGGACGUAAACGUGGACUUGGACGUGGACGUGGACGUGGACGUGGACGUGGUCGUGGACGUGGACGUGGUCGUGGACGUGGACAUGGACGUGGACGUGGACGUGGACGUGGACGUGGUCGUGGACGUGGACGUGGACGUGGACGUGGACAUGGACGUGGACGUGGUCGUGGACGUGGACGUGGACGUGGACGUGGACGUGGACGUGGACGUGGACGUGGUCGUGGACGUGGACGUGGACGUGGACGUGGACAUGGACGUGGACGUGGUCGUGGACGUGGACGUGGUCAUGGACGUGGACGUGGUCGUGGACGUGGACGUGGACGUGGACGUGGACGUGGACGUGGACGUGGACUUGGACGUGGACGUGGACGUGGACGUGGUCGUGGACGUGGACGUGGACGUGGACGUGGACGUGGUCGUGGACGUGGACGUGGACGUGGUCGUGGACGUGGACGUGGACUUGGUCGUGGACGUGGACGUGGACUUGGACUUGGUCGUGGACUUGGACGUGGACGUGGACGUGGACGUGGACGUCGACUUGGACGUGGACGUGGACGUGGACGUGGUCGUGGACGUGGACGUGGACGUGGACGUGGUCGUGGACGUGGACGUGGUCGUGGACGUGGACGUGGACGUGGACGUGGUCGUGGACGUGGACGUGGACAUGGACUUGGACGUGGACCUGGAUGUGGACGUGGUCGUGGACGUGGACGUGGACGUGGUCGUGGACGUGGACGUGGACGUGGACGUGGUCGUGGACGUGGACGUGGUCGUGGACGUGGACGUGGACGUGGACGUGGACGUGGUCGUGGACGUGCACCUGGACGUGGUCGUGGACGUGGACGUGGACGUGCACAUGGACGUGGACGUGGACGUGGACGUGGACGUGGACUUGGACGUGGACGUGGACGUGGACGUGGUCGUGGACGUGGACUUGGACGUAGACGUGGACGUGGACGUGGACGUGGACGUGGUCGUGGACGUGGACGUGGACUUAGACGUGGACGUGGACAUGGACGUGGACGUGGACCUGGACGUGGACGUGGACGUGGACGUGGAUGUGGAGGACUUUGACGUGGACGUGGACGUGGACGUAGACGUGGUCGUGGACGUGGUCGUGGACGUGGACCUGGACGUGGACGUGGUCGUGGACGUGGACGUGGAGGACUUGGACGUGGACGUGGACGUGGACGUGGACGUGGUCGUGGUCGUGGACGUGGAUGUGGACUUGGACGUGGACGUGGACAUGGUCGUGGACGUGGACGUGGACGUGGUCGUGGACGUGGACGUGGACGUGGACUUGGACGUGGACGUGGACGUGGACGUGGUCGUGGACGUGGUGGUGGACGUGGACGUGGACGUGGAGGAAUUGGACGUGGACGUGGACGUGGUCGUGGACGUGGACGUGGACGUGGACGUGGUCGUGGACGUGGAGUUGGACAUGGACGUGGACGUGGACGUGGUCGUGGACGUGGACGUGGACGUGGACGUGGACGAGGACGUGGACGUGGUCGUGGACGUGGACGUGGACGUGGUCUUGGACGUGGACGUGGACGUGGUCGUGGACGUGGACCUGGUCGUGGACAUGGACGUGGACGUGGACGUGAACGUGGACGUGGAAGUGGACGAGGACGUGGACGUGGUCGUGGUCGUGGACGUGGACGUGGUCGUGGUCGUGGACGUGGACGUGGUCGUGGACGUGGACUUGGACUUGGACGUGGUCGUGGACGUGGUCGUGGACGUCGACGUGGACGUGGACUUGGACGUGGUCGUGGACGUGGACGUGGACUUGGACGUGGUCGUGGACGUGGACGUGGACGUGGACGUGGACGUGGUCAUGGACGUGGACGUGGUCGUGGACCUGGACGUGGACAUGGUCGUGGACUUGGACGUGGACGUGGACUUCGACGUGGACGUGGACGUGGUCGUGGACGUGGACGUGGACGUGGUCGUGGACGUGGACGAGGACGUGGACUUGGACUUGGACGUGGUCGUGGACGUGGUCGUGGACCUGGACGUGGUCGUGGACGUGGAAGUAGUCGUGGACGUGGACGUGGACGUGGACGUGGAGGAAUUGGACGUAGACGUGGAUUUGGACUUGGACGUGGACGUGGACGUGGACGAGGACUUGGACUUGGACGUGGUCGUGGACGUGGUCGUGGACGUGGACCUGGACGUGGUCGUGGACGUGGACGUGGUCGUGGACGUGGACGUGGACUUAGACGUGGACGUGGACAUGGACGUGGACGUGGACCUGGACGUGGACGUGGACGUGGACGUGGAUGUGGAGGACUUUGACGUGGACGUGGACGUGGACGUAGACGUGGUCGUGGACGUGGUCGUGGACGUGGACCUGGACGUGGACGUGGUCGUGGACGUGGACGUGGAGGACUUGGACGUGGAAGUGGACGUGGACGUGGACGUGGUCGUGGUCGUGGACGUGGAUGUGGACUUGGACGUGGACGUGGACAUGGUCGUGGACGUGGACGUGGACGUGGUCGUGGACGUGGACGUGGACGUGGACUUGGACGUGGACGUGGACGUGGACGUGGUCGUGGACCUGGACGUGGACAUGGUCGUGGACUUGGACGUGGACGUGGACUUCGACGUGGACGUGGACGUGGUCGUGGACGUGGACGUGGACGUGGUCGUGGACGUGGACGAGGACGUGGACUUGGACUUGGACGUGGUCGUGGACGUGGUCGUGGACCUGGACGUGGUCGUGGACGUGGACGUAGACGUGGACGUGGACGUGGAGGAAUUGGACGUAGACGUGGAUUUGGACUUGGACGUGGACGUGGACGUGGACGAGGACUUGGACUUGGACGUGGUCGUGGACGUGGUCGUGGACGUGGACCUGGACGUGGUCGUGGACGUGGACGUGGUCGUGGACGUGGAUGUGGACGUGGACGAGGAUGUGGACUUGGACGAGGACGUGGACGUGGACUUGGACGUGGUCGUGGACGUGGUCGUGGACGUGGACGAGGACGUGGACUUGGACUUGGACGUGGUCGUGGACGUGGUCGUGGACGUGGACCUGGACGUGGUCGUGGACGUGGACGUGGUCGUGGACGUGGACGUGGACGUGGACGUGGAGGACUUGAACGUGGUCGUGGACGUAAACGUGGACGUGGACGUGGACGUGGACUUGGACGUGGACGUGGACGUGGACUUGGACGUGGACGUGGACUUGGACGUGGUCUUAGACGUGGACGUAGAUGUGGACUUGGACAUGGACGUGGACGUGGACGUGGACGUGGUUGUGGACGUGGACUUGGACGUGGACGUGGCCGUGGUCGUGGACGUGGACGUGGACGUGGACCUGGACGUGGACGUAGUCGUGGACGUGGACGUGGACCUUGACGUAGACAUGGACGUGGACGUGGACGUGGACAUGGACGUGGACGUGAACAUGGACGUGGACGUGGAGGACUUGGACGUGGACGUGGACGUGGACGUGGUCGUGGACGUGGUCGUCGACGUGGACCUGGACGUGGACGUGGUCGUGGACGUGGACGUGGAGGACUUGGACGUGGACGUGGACGUGGAUGUGGACGUGGUCGUGGUCGUGGACGUGGACGUGGACGUGGACUUGGACGUGGACGUAGACGUGGUCGUGGACGUGGACGUGGACGUGGACGUGGUCGUGGACGUGGACGUGGUCGUGGACGUGGACGUGGACGUGGACGUGGACGUGGAUGUGGUUGUGGACGUGGACUUGGACGUGGACGUGGACGUGGUCGUGGUCGUGGACGUGGACGUGGACGUGGACCUGGAUGUGGACGUGGACGUGGACGUAGUCGUGGACGUGGACGUGGACCUUGACGUGGACGUGGACGUGGACGUGGACGUGGACAUGGACGUGGACGUGGACGUGGACGUGGACGUGGAGGACUUGGACGUGGACGUGGACGUGGACGUGGACGUGGUCGUGGACGUGGUCGUGGACGUGGACCUGGACGUGGACGUGGUCGUGGACGUGGACGUGGAGGACUUGGACGUGGACGUGGACGUGGACGUGGUCGUGUUCGUGGACGUGGACGUGGACGUGGACUUGGACGUGGACGUGGACGUGGUCGUGGACGUGGACGUGGACGUGGACGUGGUCGUGGACGUGGACGUGGUCGUGGACGUGGACGUGGACGUGGACUUGGACGUGGACGUGGACGUGGUCGUGGACGUGGACGAGGACGUGGACGUGGUCGUGGACGUGGACGUGGUCGUGGUCGUGGACGUGGACGUGGUCGUGGACGUGGAUAUGGACGUGGACGAGGACGUGGACUUGGACGAGGACGUGGACGUGGACUUGGACGUGGUCGUGGACGUGGUCGUGGACGUGGACCUGGACGUGGUCGUGGACGUGGACGUGGUCGUGGACGUGGACGUGGACGUGGACGUGGAGGACUUGAACGUGGUCGUGGACAUAAACGUGGACGUGGACGUGGACGUGGACUUGGACGUGGACGUGGACGUGGACGUGGACUUGGACGUGGACGUGGACUUGGACGUGGUCUUAGACGUGGACGUAGAUGUGGACUUGGACAUGGACGUGGACGUGGACGUGGACGUGGUUGUGGACGUGGACUUGGACGUGGACGUGGCCGUGGUCGUGGACGUGGACGUGGACGUGGACCUGGACGUGGACGUAGUCGUGGACGUGGACGUGGACCUUGACGUAGACAUGGACGUGGACGUGGACGUGGACAUGGACGUGGACGUGAACAUGGACGUGGACGUGGAGGACUUGGACGUGGACGUGGACGUGGACGUGGUCGUGGACGUGGUCGUCGACGUGGACCUGGACGUGGACGUGGUCGUGGACGUGGACGUGGAGGACUUGGACGUGGACGUGGACGUGGACGUGGACGUGGUCGUGGUCGUGGACGUGGACGUGGACGUGGACUUGGACGUGGACGUGGACGUGGUCGUGGACGUGGACGUGGACGUGGACGUGGUCGUGGACGUGGACGUGGUCGUGGACGUGGACGUGGACGUGGACGUGGACGUGGAUGAAGUUGUGGACGUGGACUUGGACGUGGACGUGGACGUGGUCGUGGUCGUGGACGUGGACGUGGACGUGGACCUGGAUGUGGACGUGGACGUGGACGUAGUCGUGGACGUGGACGUGGACCUUGACGUGGACGUGGACGUGGACGUGGACAUGGACGUGGACGUGGACGUGGACGUGGACGUGGAGGACUUGGACGUGGACGUGGACGUGGACGUGGACGUGGUCGUGGACGUGGUCGUGGACGUGGACCUGGACGUGGACGUGGUCGUGGACGUGGACGUGGAGGACUUGGACGUGGACGUGGACGUGGACGUGGUCGUGUUCGUGGACGUGGACGUGGACUUGGACGUGGACGUGGACGUGGUCGUGGACGUGGACGUGGACGUGGACGUGGUCGUGGACGUGGACGUGGUCGUGGACGUGGACGUGGACGUGGACUUGGACGUGGACGUGGACGUGGACGUGGUCGUGGACGUGGACGAGGACGUGGACGUGGUCGUGGACGUGGACGUGGUCGUGGUCGUGGACGUGGACGUGGUCGUGGACGUGGAUGUGGACUUGGACUUGGACGUGGUCGUGGACGUGGUCGUGGACGUCGACGUGUACGUGGACUUGGACGUGGUCGUGGACGUGGACGUGGACUUGGACGUGGUAGUGGACGUGGACGUGGACGUGGACGUGGACGUGGUCAUGGACGUGGACGUGGACGUGGUCGUGGACCUGGACGUGGACAUGGUCGUGGACUUGGACGUGGACGUGGACUUGGACGUGGACAUGGACGUGGUCGACUUGAACGUGGUCGUGGACGUAAACGUGGACGUGGACGUGGACUUGGACGUGGACGUGGACGUGGACGUGGACCUGGACGUGGACGUGGACGUGGACGUGGAGGAAUUGGACGUAGACGUGGAUGUGGACGUGGUCGUGGACGUGGACGUGGACGUGGACGUGGACAUGGACGUGGAGGACUUGAACGUGGUCGUGGACGUAAACGUGGACGUGGACGUGGACUUGGACGUGGACGUGGACGUGGACCUGGACGUGGACCUGGACGUGGACGUGGAGGACUUGGACGUGGACGUGGACGUGGACGUGGUCGUGGACGUCGACGUGGACGUGGACGUGGACCUGGACGUGGACGUGGACGUGGACUUGGACGUGGACGUGGACGUGGACUUGGAUGUGGACGUGGACCUGGACGUGGACGUGGACGUGGACGUGGACGUGGACUUGGACGUGGACGUGGACUUGGACGUGGUCUUAGACGCAAGCUCCUGGACCAAGCAAGCUCUUGGACCAGGCACGCUCGUGGACCAGGCACGCUCGUGGACCAGGCAAGCUCAAGAAUCAGGAAGGCUCAUGGACUAG